CCUCUCUUCUGUUCGUCAGCUCCAGCCGCAGCCGCUCUCCCGGUCCCGGUCCCGGCACCAUGAGCUUCGGCUCGGAGCACUACCUGGGCGCCGCCUCCUCCUACCGCAAGGUGUUCGGAGACGGCUCGCGCCUGUCCUCGCGCCUCUCCGGGGCCGGCGGCGCGGGUAGCUUCCGCUCGCAGUCGCUGUCCCGCUGCAAUGUGGCCUCCUCGGCUGCCUGCUCCUCGGCUUCGUCGCUCGGCCUGGGCCUGGCCUACCGCCGGUCUCCGGCGUCCGACGGGCUGGACCUGAGUCAGGCGGCGGCGCGCACCAACGAGUACAAGAUCAUCCGCACUAACGAGAAGGAGCAGCUUCAGGGCCUCAACGACCGCUUUGCCAUGUUCAUCGAGAAGGUGCACCAGCUGGAGACGCAGAAUCGCGCGCUCGAGGCCGAGCUGGCCGCGCUGCGGCAGCGCCACGCCGAGCCGUCGCGCCUCGGCGAGCUCUUCCAGCGCGAGCUGCGCGAGCUGCGCGCGCAGCUGGAGGAGGCGAGCUCGGCGCGCUCGCAGGCCCUGCUGGAGCGCGACGGGCUGGCGGAGGAGGUGCAGCGGCUACGGGCGCGCUGCGAGGAGGAGAGCCGGGGCCGCGAAGGGGCCGAGCGCGCCCUGAAGGCGCAGCAGCGCGACGUGGACGGCGCCACGCUGGCCCGCCUGGAUCUGGAGAAGAAGGUGGAGUCGCUGCUGGACGAGCUGGCCUUCGUGCGCCAGGUGCACGACGAGGAGGUGGCCGAGCUACUGGCCACGCUGCAGGCGUCGUCGCAGGCCGCGGCCGAGGUGGACGUGGCUGUGGCUAAACCAGACCUGAGUUCGGCGCUGAGGGAAAUCCGCGCCCAGUAUGAGUCCCUGGCCGCCAAGAACCUUCAGUCAGCUGAGGAGUGGUACAAGUCCAAGUUUGCCAACUUGAACGAGCAGGCGGCGCGCAGCACCGAGGCCAUCCGGGCCAGCCGCGAGGAGAUUCACGAGUACCGGCGCCAGCUGCAGGCACGCACCAUCGAGAUCGAGGGGCUGCGCGGGGCCAACGAGUCCUUGGAGAGGCAGAUCCUGGAGCUGGAGGAGCGGCACAGUGCCGAGGUGGCCAGCUACCAGGAUAAUAUUGGGCAGCUGGAGAAUGAUCUGAGGAACACCAAGAGUGAGAUGGCCCGCCACCUUCGGGAAUACCAGGACUUGCUCAAUGUCAAAAUGGCUCUUGACAUUGAGAUAGCAGCUUACAGGAAACUGCUGGAAGGCGAAGAGACACGUUUUAGCACCAGUGGAUUAAGCAUUUCAGGCCUGAAUCCACUUCCCAAUCCAAGUUAUCUGCUCCCUCCUAGAAUCCUCAGUUCUACCACCUCCAAAGUCUCAUCCACUGGGCUGUCUCUUAAGAAAGAGGAGGAGGAAGAGGAGGCUUCUAAGGUAGCCGUGAAGAAAACCUCCCAGUUAGGGGAAAGUUUUGAAGAAAUAUUGGAGGAGACAGUGAUAUCUGCUAAGAAAACCGAGAAAUCAAAUAUAGAAGAAAACACCAUUUCAAGCCAAAAAAUAUAAUUCUGUUGCUUAAAAAAAGUUAAUGCUUAAGAGGGGAUAAUAUGCAUUUGACUUGUUAAACAGCCUAUUCCUGAUCCAAAACACCUGUCGCCACUAUACAAUGUCUUCAAGGCUUCAGUCUCAUAUUUAGCAUUGAAUACUUACUUUCUCUAAUAAGAAAACCACACCUUAGAUUGGAGCAAACAGCAGUCCUAGAGCAAUCACAGAGGAGUUAUCUAAGAAUGCAGCUUUCUCACCUAAACCUUAGGCUUCACAGCAAUAGAUGAUUCAGGUACAGAGGAAGUACAAACUAAGGUACUAAGUCUGUGAUCAUCAUCAUUUUGCUGUGAAUUGAAAUUAAAAUCUAUAUUCACUCACCAUACCCAGCCAUUACCCAGCUAUUUAAUCUCACUCUAGAUACCUAAAACAUAAGGUCACUGCCAAAGAUAAACCCACGGUCCACACCUGACACCACUCUGAUAGAACUGUUUCACAAAUGAUAGGUGUUUGUUUAAUGGACUCUUUCCCUCCCAUCCCCCCUCAAUUCCAUAUAUCCUUUUCUUCCAUUCAGAAAAAAGAAGGCUAGUGUAGUAUUUAUCCCUUUGAAAUACAUUUCGGUUCUUCUCAAAAGAACUUACCCCCUUUAGCUCUCUCUGCUCAAUAGGUAGAAAUAGAUGCAUGCUGACCAUUUCUGUGAUUUGUGUAGUGACUUCUUCCUGUCCAUUUCAUGUCCUUCUAUUGCUAUAGUUUAAAAGAAAUGGCAGUGAUAAGUUUUAUGGGUUGCCCCCAACAAAUAAAAUAUUGAAAAAAGUCUCUAGAUUUUAGGCUUUUAGCUUAUUCAAAUCCAUUUAAUUAGGAAAAAGGAACACUUUAUUGAGUGUAGCUUUUCACCUUAACUUUAGAAGCACAGUCAUAGUUAAUCCCAAACUGUGAUUAAGCUGACCUUAGAUUUAGUAGUAUAAGCUAGAAGAGGUGAGUAUUUGUAUGAAGGGGAAAAGCCAAGGUCUCAUUUAUCCGUGGCAGUUCAUUUGUGGUGAUAGAGAAUUUAGCUGUUUCAUGCCUUUACCCUUAGACAGAAUCCACAUAUUCCCCUUCCCACUAGUCUAGGUCCUAAGGAGGCCUUGUUUUCACUCUUAUGCCUUUUAAGAGUGCUAAGUAUAGAUUAUGUUAUCACCAGGACACAAUGCUCCUGCCCAAAAGUAAAAGAAGUCACUUCUGGUCAAUCAACACCACCAGCAAAUAUAAAAAAGAAAUAUUUCUCUUUUCUGAAAGAAUCUUGCCCAAACAGUUUUCCCACUGCUGCAUGGUUAGUGGGGUCUCCCUUCCCUGCUGGAGACGAAGAGAUACUCAGGCCAGAGAAAGGGCACACAUGCUCCUACUCACAUGCUAGGAAGUAGAUUCUGGGGAGGCCAGUUUUCAUCUGCCCAGCUGUGUAGCAGCUGCAUUGCCCAGUCUUCCAUGUGUGCCAAGUUUGAUGCAGAAUUAAUUCUUUGUUGGAGUCACUUCCACCAGAUCUAAAGAGUUGCUAUAUCUCUGUCACACAUCUCCAUUAGGAACUCUGUGGUGAAAAGGACAUGAUGCUUUUACUGAACUUUCUUAUCCUAGCACAUGCUUCAGUCGUUCAAGGAACUUGAAAGAAUACUUUUCUCUUCUUCCUUUCCCUUACUCCACCCCAUCUUUACUCCCCACACUUACUGUAAAAUGUUAGUAAAAUGAGAAUUAAAAGUCACAUGAAUCCCACCAACAUGACUUGUGUUUCGUGGUUUCUGCUGCUUUAACUGAGAGAAGCACUGUUCUGGUUCAAUGAGACAGGUGUACCCCCAAGUCAUUCAGAAAUCAUAUGUUGUCUGUUUCCUGCAUCCACGUUUAGUUUCGAUUAAUGUUCUUUUGUUUGUUUUUUGUUUUCUCCCUGCCAAGGCCUUGAGGCAGUCUGCAGACUGUCUGGUCUGAAACACAUAAUGCACUAAGUGGACAGUUCAUGGCAGGAAGUGGGGAAAUCAAUCAAAUGAUGAAAGACAGUGUAUUCCGUACCUGGAUAAUAAUUUUUUUUGAAUUUUAUAUUUUUCU